AUGCGAGAUACCUCUGAGCCAUGGGUCUUGGUUAACUACCAUGGCAAUGACCAUGACGAUGAUAUUGAAAAAGACUAUAAUGGCGCGAUAUUCCGUGACGCCAGUUGCUCAUCCUCGGAAGAGGGGAUGAGCGUUUCGACUCGUACUAUUGAUCAGGGCGAUGCAUCGACUGACACGACUAACGUCACAGACCUCAGCACUGACGAUGGAAACAUUGAACAUGGCGACAAUAACGCAUGUAACGUCGCCAUUGGACACACCCUCCUACUGCCUUGGCUUACUCACACUGAAAGCCCGCUACACUACGACCUAGAACUAAAGAUUGACUAUGGAGAAAAAGACGAAGCUGGAGAUGAAGUUGAAACCACUUCGUCUAGUACCAAGUUUGGUGUCACCAACACGGCUGCAGCUCGUGCCAAACGCAAAUGUGCUACACAGCCACACGGAUGCGCUGCGGUACGUGUUGGGUGGGACAGUCAAAUACUCCGCUGGUGCAAAGGAUCUGAACUUACUUACCUCAUUUGUGAAGAAAGCUUCCCUUCAAAGGGCUCGGCCAUGGCUGCGAAAGACGCUAUGAAGGCAGCGAUUGCCGGAUGGAAGGGCGAGGGCGCGUCCUUUAAGGAAGUUAAGCGCUACGAACCCGCUGCAUUUGCCGUCGUUUACGACCAUCGCCAGAGAAGCGAUUACCUCGCCUACGCCUUCUUCCCGAGAGCGGAACCGGGCGAAUUGCUCUUGUACCCACGAAUCUUCGCUGGAGACAAUGGAAAAUACCUAGCCAACAUCUUGAGCCAUGAAAUUGGCCACGUUCUGGGUCUCCGACACGAAUUUGCCCAUAAAAAAGAAGCGGAUGUCCCUUCUAUUCGUUUUGGAAGCGAGGAUCCUCAGUCAGUUAUGGAAUAUCACGACGAUCUAAGCAAACUUCAAGUCACCAAGAAAGACCUCGAAGGACUGAAAGAGCUCUAUGCAUACGACCAACCGGUGUACAAAGGAUUACCAAUAAUUGAUGUCUCUCCAAAGCCGGACACUUUUAGCGAACGCAGCAGCGCCAAUUAUGAAGCGAAGAAGCUGAACCGCCGGCUUUCUUGCUGA